UGCUCUUCGUGAAAAGUGCUGACAUUAACCACGCGCAUUUGUGCAGUGAAAAGUUUACCAACAUGCACUUAUAACAGAAAACACGCUCUAAUAUUAAAAAUUUAAAUGGCUCUGGUUUUGUGUUGAGGAGUGCAACUAACAACCACAAAAAUUGCCUACCUAUUGAAUUUCUGCUCAACGCUUUUGAAGCCGACUCUGCUUGUAUUUAGCUGUCUUCACUUACUCUCCUUCACAUAAACAGUACCGGCCAUGUCGUUCGGGUCUAUGGUCUUUCUUUUGAACGUAUUCGCAAUAAACGCGUGUUGACAAAAAAAACCUAUAAAAUCGAAUAGGCCACAGCCUUUUAACACUUUGGCAUUAGCAUGAUGCUCUGCAAGAUCGUUCAAUGCAUAUUGACAGCAACGUUGUUUCUCCUACUCUAUGCGUACAUAAAAGUACUCUAUAGGUGUAUGAUUAAAGUACGAGUUAAUAAGUCUGAUGGAAAGAAGUCGAAGAAGCCACACGACAAUGCAUUACAAAGGAAUGUAGAUAUUCAUAUUGAAAAACUAGACCAGCCUCCCGGCCCUCUACCGUUGCCCAUAAUAGGUAACCUGCUACUUAUUGGACGUUAUGCGGUACCUUUUCAAGGUUUCACCGAACUGGCAAAAAAAUAUGGAGACAUCUACACCCUCACCCUUGGUUCGACUAAAUGUCUGAUAGUCAAUAAUCUUAACGUUAUACGAGAAGUUUUAAAUAAGAACGGAAAAUUUUUUGGGGGUCGCCCGGACUUUAAAAGAUUCCACGUUCUUUUUGGAGGAGAUCGCAGCAAUUCAUUAGCCUUAUGUGAUUGGUCCCAGCUGCAGCAAAGGCGACGAAAUCUAGCUCGCAAGCAUUGUUCGCCGCGAGAUGCUUCGUCGUUUUAUCAGAAAAUGUCAGAUGUUGGUUGUUCUGAGAUGCACGAGUUCAUAGAUCGACUUUCUCAGAUAAUGAUACCAGGUGAAGAUUUUGAGAUAAAGCCGGUGGUGCAGCAAACUUGCGCCAAUAUGUUUAUUCAAUACAUGUGUUCUCUGCGAUUCAGCUAUGAUGAUAAGAGAUUUGAAAAAAUUGUGAAAUGUUUCGAUGAAAUCUUUUGGGAAAUUAACCAAGGUUAUGCUGUUGAUUUCUUGCCAUGGUUAAGCCCCUUUUAUGGUAGCCACAUGAAAAGAAUUGUUUACUGGUCCGAAACAAUUCGAACAUUUAUUCUAGAACACAUAAUCGAUAAAAGAGAAAACGACCUUAACCUAGACGAACCGGAAAGAGAUUUUACCGAUGCUUUACUAAAGAGUCUAGUCGAAGACGAUGUUUCUAGGGACACAAUCAUAUUUAUGCUGGAAGACUUUAUUGGCGGACACUCUGCAAUCGGAAACUUAGUUAUGUUAGCACUUGCUUACAUUGUUCGCAACCCGAUUGUUGGCCAAAAGAUACAGCAUGAAAUCGAUGGCAUCAUGGACGACACAAAAUGCUGCGUUCAUUUGACUGAUAUUGAACAAAUGCCAUAUACUGUUGCCACUAUUUUCGAGGUUCUACGAUACUCGUCAUCCCCAAUAGUGCCGCAUGUUGCUACAGAGGACGUUGCUAUUGCUGGGUACGGUAUAACGAAGGGCACCCUGGUAUUUAUCAAUAAUUAUGAACUCAAUACCAGCGAAAAGUACUGGACACAACCACAAGAAUUUAACCCAGACCGAUUCACAGAACGGAAACCACCCACUUAUUCUACAUCAACAUCAAACAAGCAAUUAAACCAAAUCCAGUUGAGAAAGAACAUUCCACAUUUUCUACCAUUUAGCAUUGGCAAGCGCACUUGCAUUGGACAAAAUUUGGUGAAAGCAUUCAGUUUCAUAAUGCUAGCCAACAUAAUGCACAAGUAUGAUGUGAGUUGCAGGAAUGUUGAAAACAUAAGAACCUAUCCAGCUUGCAUCGCAAUUCCGCAUCAUACCUUUUAUCUCUCACUUAAGCCGCGAGUCAGUAAAAUAUAAAUUAUUUACAAUACUAUAAUAAUACUUGCAAUCAAAAUGUAUUCGAUAGAGUAACAAUCACAUAUCAAUCAAAUUAAUCAAAUAAAUGUAAUUGGACAAAUAAA